CCAUUUUUGGGGGGUUUUGUUUAACUUUUGACUGUCACAUUUCCCUGUUUAAGUUCCCUAAUAGGAUCUUCCAAAACUACUUGUUUUCAUUGCAUGGAAAUGCUUCACCACUUCCCUCAGAUGGUGUUAAUAUGUGCAUUUCAUGGUAUUUUCCUGACUGUUACGUGAACAGUUUCCUUGGGGUAGGUUGCCUCUCCUUCAUGGGCUUUACCUUCUUUAUAUAUUUGGUAAUUCUUGAUUGUCAUCUCAUGUCUGAGAGGGUUGUGUACAAGCUCUGGGCUGUGAUGGCUCCUGGUCAGGUCACUGGCCGUGCAAUGGCACGGUGACCUUCAGGUGGCAGUGUGGGACUUGGGGAGGAGGCCGAAGGGAUGCAGUUCUAGAGAACUUCAGAGCCUUGAAGUGACGUUAUGAAAUUAUUAAUCUGUAUUUAUAUCUGAUGGGUUUGGUGCUGCGGGGGGUAAGUAAAAUAUUACAAAGGAGAAUUCCAGUUUCAAGAUGAAAGACAGAGGACAGGCUGAAAUCACUUCCCAGCGUUUUAAAAAAAUUAACAAUUUUCAGUUACACAGUACAUUUUCUGAAUUUGUCUUUUUAAAAAAUAACUUAGGUUAAAUCAGCAACUGCAUAUCCUAAAUAAUAGAAAAAGUUAGGAAUCAUUGUUCCAUAACAUUCUAUUAAGAAUAUCUGAGUUUUUUGAUCACCAAUAUAUUUUUUAGUCCCCAAAUGCACCAUCAAUCAGAACUGAGGUCCACUCUUCCACGGGACAAGUUGACUCUGACACUUGCAAGGGUAAGGAGUCUCUUGGUUUGAGGGCUGCUGGCCUCACUAUGGCUCUCAGAGGCCACUUACAGGGAGCCAUGAGGGUGAAAUGAGACAAGGUGUGUGACACGCUGAGCACAGUGGCUGGCGUGCUGCGUGCUCUCAGUACUUGCUGGUUGCUCUUUUCUAAGGGGUGUUGAUGGCUCUGAGCUGCAGAGAAGUGACUUCUUGCCUGAUCCUAAAUGAUUUGGUCCUCAUCGCUCCCCGCCUCCUGCCAGGUACAUUCAGAGCAACCUGGCUCAGACCUGGGCUUGUUGCUGCCACCUUGCUGGGGGUAGGGCUGGCUGGUAAUGCUGGCCAGAGUGACCUGUCCCUAGGCCCCCACCCUCCCCUAGGCCAGGGGAAGGACCUGGCCUUCUGGGGACAUUUGACAGGACUCACUCCUUGUCUUUGCUCCAUGAAUCUUCCCCUUCUCCCUCCUUCCUCCUGGCAUGGGAGGAGGUGGUCCAUCUUCGUGUGUCCCUGUGUGCACGUGUGUGUGCUCUUUUUUUUAUUAGCUGUACCAGAGGUUUCUGGUGGUGCUGGCUGACAUCCAAGAGGUGAGGAAAAAGCCCUCAGUGUGGGAGCCACCCAGAGGGUGGAGCCCUGAUCUCCUAACAGAUCCUUGCCUUGCUAAGCUGGGCAGAUUUAAGGCCCCGUCCCUGUGGGAUUGUUACUGCCACCAUCCAGGGAGCGAGGGCGGGAGGGGAGGGGCAGAGUGAACCAGUAGCCGAGGGCAGGUCUUCCCAGCCAGUGGCUGCUGUUCUCUGAUAUUCCUGAAUGAGACAUUGAGUUCCCCAGCCCUCAAGGUGCCUGGAAGGGCCUGGGGCGUUUGGAGCCCUCUUGGCCAUCCUCCUCCAGUUCCCUGCAGACUUGUCCAUUUACCCUAGUGAUCCAGGUCAGUGAUGUGGCAGCAUAGGAGUACUGUGACACGAGGGGGUGGGAAGUACAAGCUUAAGAGACCACCUGGCCUUCCUCAGACAUGACAUUCUUGCAUUACCUGCUGGGAUCAACAGCUGAGGCCACAGCCUUCACACAAGCCCCUUUCCCUGCCCUCACCAGGCUGGCAAGUGGCUCCCAGGGGUACCUGCAAAGUUUCAGGCUCAGUGGAAGCCCCUGAUGACCUUAGCCUAGAUGCCUCCUUUGCACCCCCCUUUCCUGAUCUGUGCCUUCCUCUGAGCAAGAACUGCUGCGGGCAGGCUGCCUUCUCAAGCCCCCCCUGAUGCCCCAUAUGCUGGCUACGGAGGGGCCUGCAUGUGACAGUGCCACUGUCUGGAGGCUCCUUCUCUCACUCCCAGACUAUGCCCGGUUUUGGGAAUCUAGUCCUGAGCUGUGUCUGGACAAGCAGCUUCCCAUCAGACAAGCAGCUGUCCCUCAGUGAAUUCAGGGGUGAGAGGCAGCGUGGGGCCCCAGGACCCAAGAUCCCCUUUCACUGAGGGACGGCAUGGCCAGGGACUUGCUGCCAUGGCCUGCGCCAGCCUGAGGUCCUGAUGUUUCCAGCUGCCCCAGAGGACAUCACCCCCGUGCAGGUACCCUUCUAUGGGCUGGGAGGAGCCCAAGGCUGCAGGAAUAGGGUGGGUGGGAAAAACAGCAGCUGGAGAGUAGGCUGGGCAUCCAGACUCUUCUGGAACCUGUUUGCUGUGUGGACUGAUGUAGGUCUGGAGAGGUCAGGAAGGUGGGAAGAAGCAGCAAAGGUGACUGAGAAGGAGUGGGUGGCGUAGGAGGAGAAAUACCAGGUUAGUGUGCUGUCCAGGAAGCCAGGGGAAGAAAACAUUUCAAGGAAAACACCAUCACCUGUGUCACAUGCUGCUGAGACGUCAAGUAAGGUGAGGACUGAGAACUCAUCACUGGACUAGCCACGGGCUUUGACUGGAGGUCUUGACAAGAGCAGUUUGGUGGAGCAGUGGGAGAGAAACCUGACUGGGUCAAGAAAACGAGAGGAGAAAAAUUGGAGACAGUAUAGGUCACAGAAGCAAUUAGCAACAGGAAUCAAGGUCAUCAGCUGAGAGUUUGGAGGAGGUUUUAGAGGUUUAUGGAUGGUGGAGAAAGUGUGACCAAGUUAUUGGAGUGGCAGAGGGGAAUGGACUAAGGACAGGGGCUAGGCCUGCUGGGCAACACAGGGACCCACUUGAGGCUCCUGGUCAUGGGGUUAAAGUGAGUGCAGGUGCCAAGAGGUCCAAGAGUUGGAUUCCACCAGGAUUGACUGUUCCCCAGUGAGUGUAAUGAAGCAGGAGAUGGGUUAAGAGUGGGUGUCAGUGAAUAGUUAUAAUGAUGGAGCAUAGAACCAAUGAUGUUCUCCUUACUCCUGGGAAAGGACGAUAAACAGCAAUGGACCCCUUGGAUUCUCAGGUGGGGACCAGCCCCCAGGUAUUUCCAGUUCCAAACAUGAAGGCCAGCCUGUGCCCGACCUGGAGGCCUCGUGGGGGGCUUCUGUGACUUGCUCCUAACCUCCUCCUCUUCUCCCCGAGGCAGGUGUCCAGGGCAGUAAACUCUUUUGACUUCUCCUCACGUUGUUCUUUUUCCCACAUGGUGUCCCAGGGGAAAGACUUUGACAGCUUGUGGUACCCAUGGGACCACAGUACCAUUGCUGCGGACCUCAAGGCUCCCUGACACAGCGGGGGUUGGGGGUGAAGGAGGCUGCCAGAGACUUUGGGGGCCACACUCUGUCCCUCUAAGGGCUGGAGAUUUAACCCAAUCUGUGCUGGGUACAGCCACACCCCUCCCUGGGCUGCUCUUCCCAGCUCUCCCAGGCCAGGGAGCUUCUAUAUGGGGACACAAUGGGUCACACUAAACUUAAAACUAUGGCUGCUGCCUUGUCACUUUGGGCUCCUCAUGCUGAUAGACCAGCAGGCAAAGAAAGGAAUGACUUACCAUACUGGGAGGGGUAAUUGGUUCUGAUCGUCAGGAGCUAGGGCUGCUGCUCUAGAACGAGAGCAGGGAGGGAUAUGCUCGGCACCAGAUGAUCCCUGAUUUUUCUCACACACAGUUUUAACUGUAAAAUGGGCAACUGUGGCAACCAUGGUCUGAUAAGAGCGUGGUAACCCGCUCAGGGAUGAGGGUCUAGGACACCCCACCAUGAGAGCUGCUUGGACCAGCAAAAGUGCUGGCUCGGGGGGAGGAGGACCUAGAAUGGGGGGUAGAGGAGGAAGAUGACAGUAUCAGCUACAGAUGUGGGACCAAUGGUAGCAGCACAAGCUGUAUUCCACUAACUCUUCUCUUGUAUGUGUCCCCAGAAAUUGUGACCAACAAGAAUCAUGGAAAAAGCUGUUCCUGGAUUGAAUGAAUUUAAUGUGGGAAGCAAGUGGAUCCGAGUGGUGCAGGAGAUGGACUGUAGUGGAUGCUAUUGGUGCCCUACCCAGAUUCUCUUUAUCAGACCAGUGCACCCAUCCUCCAGCUGCUGGAAUGGUUAGUUGCUAACGGUUCACAGGUAACUCCUCCAGAGAUUUACCUUUGGCUGAAUAAAAGCCCCCUUACCUGCUGUGUCAGUGAGGCUUCUCCAGAGAAACAAAACCGGUUGGAGAGGGCGGCAGGAGGAGGGGAUCUGGGAAUUGGCGCAUGUGAUUGUGGGGUCUGACAAGUCUGAAAUUUGUAGAGGGGCCAUUAGGCUGGAAACUCAGGCAAGAGUUGAUAUUCCAGUCUCUGGCAGAAUUCCUGCUUCUUUGGGAAAAUUCAGUUUUUGCUCUUCAACUGAUUGAAUGAGGCCCACUCACAAUACUCCUUUAUUCAAAGUCAACUGCUUAUAAAUUAGUUACAUCUACAAAAUAUCUUCAUAUCAACAUCUAAACUAGCGUUUGACCAAACAAGUGGGCACCAUAGCCCGGCCAAAUUAACACAUAAAAUUAACCACCCACCCAAGGAAGUGAUGUUCUCACUCAUACCCCCAACUCUGGGGUAGCCCACAGUCAACAUCCAACAGACACAGACGUUCAGAGAACCAGGCCCCUUGCUUCAAAAUGGAAAGAAUCUGGUGUCAUUUGUGCUGCAGAAGUCUCCAAAGGAUCGUCCUGAAGCUAGACUGCAGCUUAGAGCUGUUUAGCUACUUUUCCUGCCCUGAUUCCCCUCACUGCUAGUCUCCUGAGAGGAUUUCCUCUAUAAAACAAGUGCAUCCAAAUCCCUGCCUCAGGCUCUGCUUCUAAGGAACCAAACCCAGGACACUGUGAUGGUUAAUUUUAUGUGUCAACUUGGAGAGUGUUUUUGGAUGAGAUUAGCAUUUAAAUUUGAGUAAAGCAGAUUGUCCUUCAUAAUGUGGGUGGGCCUCAUCCAAUCAGUUGAAGGCCUGGCUACAACAAAGAGACUGCCUUCCACAAGUGAGAGGGAAUUCUUCAGCCAGCUGCCUCAGACUUCAUGAGCAUCAUUGGCUCUCUUGGGUCUCCACUCUGCAGUUUGUGGACUUGUCAGCCUCCAUAAUUGCAUAAGCCAAUUCCUUAUAAUAACUCACUUUAUAUAUAUAUAUAUAUAUAUAUAUAUAUAUAUAUAUAUAUAUAUACAUACACACAACCUAUCAGUUCUGUUUCUCUGGGGAACCCUAAUAACAGAUACAAACUAUUUACAGAAAGUUAAUCUCAAGGCUCAAAGAGAGGCCUGAGCAACUAGUGCCUCAACAGGAACCAUCUUUAUGUCUUAGGGUAGUGAGCAUGAUGGGUUCCUUUACUUCACCAUUAUGCAGCCAAAGGAGAUAGGCAGCUGUGGGUCUGCUCAGGUGUUGGAAUACUCAGCUUCGUGUUCAAGGGACUUGUCUCUGGAAUUUAUCAGCCCUACCUCCUAUAUUUCUCAUAACUAAACCCAUCCCAGGGAAGUUCCUGCCACAAGCCCAUGCACCCCAUUCCUUAUUUUGGCUCUGCAAUUCAGGGUGUGUUCUGCACCUUGGUAUGUACACUCUGAACUGUCUCUGAGCUCAGGCAUCGCCUGCAUCCUUGCUUCUCUACCUGCCCCUACUGCUUGAUCUUCAUUACUUUUGGCAGUCCUUCCAGAUAUUUUGUGGGUUGGGAUUCAAAUGUCUUUUAGUUUUAUCAGAGGUGGAGUUUGUGUUUCUGUUAUUAUUUUCUCAUGUUGCUUUUGGAAGACUUCCAAGGGGAGAAGGAAAAAUGCUUAAUUUACUUCAUCAUUUAAAAAUCUUGUAGGAUUUUUGAAUGUUUGCAAAUCUGAUGUUAUGAAGUAGUAUCUUACUGUGAAUUUAAUUUGCAUUUCCCUGAAUACUAGUGAAGUUGCACGUAUUUUUUGUGUGUUUCUUGGCUAUUCCCAUUUGCUCUUCUGUGAUGUGCCUGUUUAUAUACUCUGCCCAUUUUCUCUAUUCAUUUCUUUUUUUGUUUCUGACUGAUGUGUUAAUGUAUAAAGAUAUUUUUUGAUUCCAAUACUUUUUUGACUAAAUGUAUUGCAAAUAUCUUCCCUCAGUCUGUAGCUUAUUUUUUCAACUUUGGAAGGUGUCGUUCAUUAAAAAGAAGUUUUGUAUUUUAAUUACAUUUUAAUGUAAUUGAGUAUAUGAUUGUUUUCCUUUAUGGUCUGUGGUUUUUGUUUCUUGCUUAAGAAAUCCCUUUUUAUUCUGAUGUUGUAAAUAGCAAACCCUUUACUUUUAAAUAUAAGACCUAAAUUAUGCUUUUGCCAGCACCAUUUAAUGAAUAGUUCUGUCCCCUCUGAUCUACACUGCCAAUUUUCUCAUCUAACGAUUUUCCAAAUAUGUGUGGAUCUGUUUCUUGGCUCCAUAAUCUGUUGUAUUUGUCCAGUUGUCUACUCCUGCACCAAGACUCAGCUAUAAUUAAUUUAUAGUAAAGCAAAUCCCCUUCCUGUUCUUUAGAAUUGUCUUGGCUAUUAUUGAUUUUUGACCUUCUCUCUAUAUAUUUUAGAUUCAGCUUGUCAAAUUUCAGUGAAAACACUUCUGGGAUUUCAUCUGGAAUGUCAUUAAAUGUGUAGGUUAUUUUUGGAAAGAAUUGACAUCUUUAGAUAUGGAGUCUUUCUAUCUAGGAACGUCUUUCCUGUUUUGGGGUUUUUUUUUGUUUUUCUUGGUGCCUUUCAAAUGCACUUUUAAAAUUGUGUCUAUUCCUUGAAUUCUUGGUAAAACUUGUCAUCAAACAAUCUGGGUCUUGAGUUUUAUGUUUGUUGUUGUUAGAUUUUUAAUUAUUAAUUCAUUUUUUGAAAAAUCCCAGAUGACAAGAAUGAAGCACAAGGUACUGGGUUAGAGCUAGAGACUCUAUGAGUAUGAACUUAUGUUUAACUUAAUAUAGAUACUGAUAGAUACAUGUAGAAAUAAUUAUGGAUAUGUGUACAUACAUGGAUUAAUAUAUAUUAAUAUAUAAUAUAUAUUAUACACACACAGGUUUAUAUAUACACAUGUAAUUUUUUUUUUUUUUUUUUGGUACGCGGACCUCUCACCGUUGUGGCCUCUCCCGUUGCGGAGCACAGGCUCCGGGCGCACAGGCUCAGUGCCCAUGGCUCACGGGUCCAGCCGCUCCGCAACAUGUGGGAUCCUCCCGGACCAGGGCACGAACCCGUGUCCCCUGCAUCAGCAGGCGGACUCUCAACCACUGUGCCAUCAGGGAAGCCUCUGUAAUAUUUUUAAUAUAUAUUACAUAUACAUAUAAAUUUGAGCAACAAAAUAACUAACAUAGUAUUUAUAACCCAAAGCAUAAAUAAAUAUCCAUAGGUUCACACAGGUGUAAAUAAAUGAUUGAAUUAAAUAAGUCAGGGAGGGAGAGAGGCAAAUCAAUCUUCAAUGCAGAAGAAUUCCAAAUGAUUUAUAUAGAUGCUCCCCUCUAAAGGAGAUGGAAUAUAACUCCCACUUCUUAAGUGUGGGCUAGGCUUAGUGACUUAGUUCCAAAAAGGACAGUAUGAAAAGUGGGAAUAAAGUAAAUUACAAUAGAGAAGAUAGACAAACAUUAUCUCAGCAAGAUGAUCAAGGUCAACAGCAACAAUGAUGAGGCACCUUGAUAGUAUUAACCCUUCAUGUGAUGGGAGGAAAAUUUUGUAAAAUCAUCUUCUUCAGAUCAAAUAGAAAGAAAUCUUCCCCCAGCCUGGAUGAACGAAAUUCGGUUUUUAAAAUUAUUGAUAGUUAGUAAUAGUUAAUUAUUUGUAGUCUCCUUCUGCUUCACAGCUCUUCAUUGACGAUGCCAUGUAAAACUUUAGGAUUGUUAGCAAAUUUGAGAAAAGCUCUGAUUUAGUUACUAUGGCUAUGUAACAGACCACCCCAAACUCAAUGACAUAACACAGUAACCCCUUUAUUAGGCUCCUAGUUUCCGUGGGUCAAAAAUUCAGAAAGGGCACAGGCUGGGGGUGACUCAGUAGCUGGGCUGGAAUCACCUGAAGGCUUAUGCAUCCCCAUGCCCUGGACUGGGAGGACUUGGGGAUGAGGACUCUUGACCUCUCCACAUGUCCUGGCUUCCUCACAGCACGGAGCCUCAGGGACUGGGACAUCUGUCAUGGUGGCUCUCAGUGGGAGUUUUCCAGCCGUCAAGGAGAAGCUACAUCGCCUUUUGUUACCUAACCUCAGAGUCAAGCAGCGUCAAGUUCCUCACAUCCUAUUAGUUAGCAGCUCCAGCCCAAAAGGUCCAAGAGAAAGGGAAUCUGUGUCCACCUCUUGAUGAGGGAGGGGUAAGAGCAUGAGGACAGGAGACAUUGUUGCAAUCAUCUUUAGAAAAAUAAAAUCUGUUACAACCUCUAACCAGUUUCUCUCCUCUCUGAGCUAUCUAGAUGUGCUAGCUGCUUGUAGUACAGGAAUAUGAUAACUUCUAUUUCUUGAAAUUCCCAUCAAAUAAAGGAAAAAAAGCAUUUAAGCCAUGAUUGAAAACAUCUCUUUCAGGAGACUUAUGUUUUGAUCAUAUUUCAACAAGAUUGUAUUUUCCACUUAGGAUUUCAUGUGUCUGUUUGGACGAAUUUUCCACAGGCUAGUUUUGGUCUGUAUGUUUCAGACCUUGUUUAUCUUCCUCUACCUUAUUCUUCUUGUAUUGCAGCACAGCCUCUGCCUACACCUCUGUGUCACAAUGUCAGAUGAGUUGGCACAGUGCAUGGUAGGAGUAUUUUGGAAACUAUUUCUAAACCAGAAUGGCUGGCAGUAACUUCACUAUACAUGAAACCAACUGAAAACCACAUAACUAUGUCCCACUGAGCCGAAAUUAAUGUACGUGUCUCUAACCCAACUUCUCCUUGGAUCCUAAAAGUACCACAGUUGCAUCAACGCUAACAGAUGAGGUAAAAGAAUGGGAAGACAGCGGUCUUCACCAUUUGUAGUUAAAGUAGCUUACUUUUGCAGAUUUUACUAACACAUACGAAUGGUCGUUAGCUUUACUAACACAUAUGAAUUAAGAAUCUCUGACUCAGGGUUUCAUGGGCUUCUUCAGGUGCAGCGUUUACCACACCAUCACUGCACAGAUGGGGAAACUGAGCCAGCUGAGCCCAGGGACCACAGGCACAGGCUGGGAUCUAGACACCUUCCUCCCAGCUGGGAGCCAGAACUAGGGUCUUCUUCCCAGAGUCAGGAUGGGUGAGGCUUUGUCACAUAAGUUCCCUGAUUAGAAGAGGAAUUGUGACUUUAGCCCUGGAUAGCAUGCAUGUGUGUGUGUGUUUGUGUGUGUGUGUGUGUGUGAGAGAGAGAGAGAGAGAGAGAGAGAGAGAGAGAUUGAGGGAGGAGGCCACCAAUGACCAGGGCGUUCCUGCUGGAUGGGCUCCAGGCUGGGCUGAGCCCACUCUGGGAUGGAGGUAGAGUUUUCAGUCUAGAGAGCGUAAUCCUGGGCUCUGCUACUCACCAGCCAGUGACUUUGUGCAUUGCUUCAUCUGUGACCCACUUUGGAAUAAGUUGUUCUUUGCAGUGUUCUACAUUUUUUAAAGUAUUGAUAUUUCUCAUUCAAAUGAUUUUUCAUAGACCAUUACUAAUGUUCUUUUCUGGCUGUAAUAAUACAUUUUAGAUCCAUUUGUAAUAGGUUAACAUUAAUUCAGUUUCACUUGCCUCAAAAAACAAAUCAUUAUUGUUCAAUUAUAUAACGAAUUGACAGUAAAAGGACUGAGUUCGUGGCAUUUCAGGAGAACAUUUCAUGUUGUGCAUACUGAAUAGUUUAAACAGGUGACUUCACAGAGCUUUUUUCUGUAAUAUUCAUAUUCUAAGAGUUUCCUGAUUGGUCUCUUACCUUUACUACAAAGUUUUUCACUCUAUUUUAACAGAAAUCCUCUAAAUGCCUAGGACCAGCCACACGGAAGGAGUGAGAGGCCUAGAGCCAGAGUCCAGAGCCCCCUGCAGCUAGGUCUCCAGAGUCUGCUCAGAGCCCGCCCCGGGGGCCGCCCUAUUAUUACUCCCAGGCUCCUGGCUGCUCAUCUGCUCUCAGGUGCUCAGCCCUCCUCCCCCAGAGGCUGGCCUGGCUCAGGCUGGGGCUGGGCUGCAGGGGUUUCCUAGCUCUGACCCCACCCUGCCCUCUGCCCUCAGCCUCAGGGAAACCAGCUUCCUGCCGCUGCUCCCGGGACUUGACUUCCCCCUCUCUUGUAUCCUGACAUCCCAGGUCUGGAAGUGAUGCUCCACCUGCAGGUCCUGGAGCCUUGCCAGAAGUUUCUGGAAAAGCUAGUUGAUUCAGCCUCCAGGGGAUAGAGGAGAAGGUACUGGGCUGAGGGAGUGACCUGGAGGUGGGGCUCCGGCUGUUUAUAGGAUCGUGGCUCCUCAGAGGCUGGCAGGUCCCCCGUCAGUCCCAUUCCAUCGGAGUAGUCGCUGCCAGCCAGCCAGGGAGCUGUCAUCUUGGAGGGAGCUGGGCCUGGAGUGGAGCCAAAGGUUUGGCAUGGAGAGAAUGACACCUAGGGGACCACCUGGCCAUCCUCACCAGGGGGAGACCUCUGCCUGCUGGCAGCUCACCGUGAGGGUCCUGGAGGCACGGGGCCUGGGCUGGGCUGACCUCUUGAGCGAAGCAGACCCCUAUGUGAUCCUACAGCUGCCAACCUCACCUGGAACAAAGUUUAAGACCAAAACGGUCACCAACUCCAGUCAUCCUGUGUGGAACGAGACCUUCACUUUCCUGAUCCAAAGUCAGGUCAAGAAUGUUCUGGAGCUGAGCAUCUAUGACAAGGAUGACUUCAAGACGGAUGACGCCUGCUUCAAGGUUCUCUGUGAUGUCUCUGAAGUCCUCCCUGGCAGGUUGCUCCGGAAGACCUUCUCCCUGCAUCCCCAGGGACCGGAGGAGCUGGACGUGGAGUUCCUGAUGGAGAAAACGUCAGGCUGCCCAGAAAACCUCAUCACCAACAACGUGCUUGUGGCCCGAGAACUGUCUUGCCUGGAUGUUCACCUGGACAGCACGGGGAGCACAGCCGAGGCUGCAGAUCAGGAUGAGCUGGAGCUGGAGCUGGUGCUGAAGGGCUCAUAUGAGGACACACAGACAUCUGCCCUGGGAACAGCCUCUGCCUUCCGCUUCCACUACAUGGCAGCCCAAGAGGCAGAGUUGAGUGGGUGCCUGAGGACCUCUAAAAGCAACGGCUGGAACUCAGGCAACUCAGCUGCGUACCUCACUGUACCCCUAAGGUCCUUGGCCAUGGGGGAGGAGGUGACAGUUGACGUUCCUGCUACAAAUGCCCCAGGAGUGAAGCUGCAGCUCAAGGCUGAGAGCUGCCCGAAGGAGCUGGCUGUGCAUCUGGGCUUCGAUUUGUGUGCGGAGGAGAAAGCCUUCCUGAGCAGGAGGAAGCAGGUGGUGGCCAAGGCCCUGAAGCAGGCCCUGCAGCUGGACAGAGACCUACAGGAAGAUGAGGUCCCCGUCGUGGGCAUCAUGGCCACAGGAGGAGGUGCCCGGGCCAUGACCUCUCUCUAUGGCCACCUGUUGGCCCUGCAGAAGCUGGACCUUCUGGACUGUGUGACCUACUUCGGUGGCAUCUCGGGCUCUACAUGGACAAUGGCCCAUCUGUAUGGGGACCCUGAGUGGUCGCAGAGGGACCUGAAGGGACCCAUCGGACACGCCCGGGAGCACCUGGCCAAGAGCAAGCUGGAGGCCUUCUCUCCUGAGCGCCUGGCGAGCUACUAUCGGGAGCUGGAACAACGGGCUGAGCAGGGCCACCCCACGACCUUUGUGGACCUGUGGGGUCUGGUGCUGGAGUUUGCGCUGCACGGACAGGUGAUGGAUCAGAAGCUGUCAGGACAGAGAGCUGCGCUGGAGCGGGGCCAGAACCCUCUGCCCCUCUACCUGAGCCUCAAUGUCAAAGAGAACAACCUGCAGACCCCGGACUUCAAGGAGUGGGUCGAGUUCUCCCCCUAUGAGGUUGGGUUCCUGAAGUACGGCGCCUUCAUCCCCUCUGAGCUCUUCGGCUCGGACUUCUUCAUGGGGCGGCUGAUGAGGAGGAUCCCUGAGUCCCGCAUCUGCUUCCUGGAAGGUAUCUGGAGCAACAUUUUCUCCCUGAACUUGCUGGAUGCCUGGUAUAACCUCACCAGCUCCAGUGAUGCCUGGAAGCAGCACAUCAAGGACAAGAUCAGGAGCCUGGAGGAAUCUCCUCCCUCCUCGGGGACCUCCUCAGGGCCGGAGGCCUUGUGGCUCCAGCCUGGAACAGCGCUAGCCCAAAUGUUGAAGGGCUUCCUGACGAGCAGACCACUCUACCAGCACAGCUCCAACUUCCUCCAGGGCCUCCAGCUGCACCAGGACUACUGUGCCCAGAAGGACUUCUCCACCUGGGCAGACAGCCAGGUAGACUCCUCCACCAGCCAGCUGACCCCGCAGGAUCCCCAGCUCUGCUUGGUGGAUGCCGGCUACUUCCUCAACACCAGCUGUCCCUCCAUGUUCCGGCCAGGCCGCAGGCUGGACCUCAUACUAUCCUUCGACUACUCUCUAUCCUCGCCCUUUGAGGUGCUGCAGCAGACGGAGCUAGACUGCCGGGCCCGGGGGCUGCCGUUCCCCCGUGUGGAGCCCAGCCCUCAGGACCGACGCCAGCCCUGGGAGUGCCACCUCUUCUCAGACCCCACCUGCCCUGAUGCCCCUGUCGUGCUUCACUUCCCGCUGGUAAACGCCUCCUUCAGGGACCACUCAGCCCCAGGUGUCCAGCGCAGCCCUGCAGAGCUCCCGGCCGGCCAGGUGGAUCUCACGGGGGACAACUCCCCCUAUUCCAUGUUCAACAUGACCUACAAGGAGGAAGACUUUGACUGCCUGCUGCAGCUCAGUGACUACAACGUACGGAACAGCCGGGGCACCAUCCUGCAGGCUUUGAGGACCUCUCUGAGGCACCGGGCCCCGGGGGCCAGGCCUCCAGGGCCGCAGACUUGAGACUUCUCGGGGUCCCCAAGAUUUGAGGGCCACACUCUGAUCCUGGGGGCUGGGGGCUUAACCCACCUGCAGUGGGUACAGCCACGGCCCUCACGGGGCUGGAGUUCCCGGGCUCUCCCAGGCCUGGGCCGCCUCUGCGGCUGGUCUCAUCGCCCAGAGGGGCUGUGUCCCACCCAGAGUUCUCCCUCACCUUCAUAGCUGGUUUGGGAGGAGCUGACAACAAACUCCUUAUCAGGCCAGCAUAUAGAAUAGCUGGUUCGACCAAACAUUUACACGUAGUUCUUUUCACGCCUGAACAGAAUGGAGUUGAGGUGCAAGCUGGAGGUGCCAGGCCAGGAGUGGAGACAGGCAGGGCAGGGGAGGGCCUGGAAGGUGGCUCCAGGUAUCAGGAAUCACAGUACAUCCUGACAGGCUCCCCUUACUGCCUCUGCUCCUCUCCUCUUAUACUAUUUUUAGGCAACUUUAGUGAGAUAUAAUCCACAUGCCAUAUAAUUCAUCCAUCUAAAGUAUGCAAUUCAAUGGCUUUUACUAUAUAUUCAGAGUUGUGAAAGCAUCGCCACAAUCAAUUUGAGAACAUUUUCAUUAACCCAAAAAGGAACCCCUCAUCCCUACACUGUCAACCUCAAACCACACCCACCCCAGCCCUAGGCAACCACUAAUCUACUUUCUGUUUCUUUAGAUUUGCUUAUUUUGGACAUUCCAUAUAGAUGGAAUCAUAGAAUAUGUAGCCUUUUGUGUCUGGUUUCUUUCACUUAGCGUAAUAUUUUCAGGAUUCAUCCAUGACGUAGCAGGUAUCAGUACUUCAUCCCUUUUAUGGCUGUGUAAUACUCCACUGUAGAGAUAUACCACACUUUAUUCAUGGGCUGAUGGACAUUUGGAUUGUUUCUGCUAUUUUGGGUUAUUAUGAAUAAUGCUGCUAUGAACAUUCAUAUACAA